GAGCGUACACAACCAUACAUCCACAGACGGCUAAUGAAACACAAAAUACAAAUACAAGAAAGAAAAAAUUAAAUACCCUUUCAUUACUGAGAAAAAUGAAAAUUACAGUACAACUGCCGCCCCCUCCCAAAUUCGCCUCGGUCAAGAGCCCCCGCGCCGCACGGACUUGGGUGACGUCAUUCCGUGUAGACUCGAAUUGUUUGCUAUAAUUCUUCGCCGCGCGAUGUUCGAGAUCUACAUUGAUUUUGCGUACCGUGAAUCCGUUCUGCUUUUUAUCGAUUGAAGUUUGAGAAGUUUUGAGAAGUCUUUCUAAAGAGAAUGGCUACCCCAGUCGUCAGGGCAGAUGCACAAGAUGAUUUAGUUAUGGAAUUUGAGUGUGAGGAGGAUGGCAGUUGCGGGGAAAGCGGUGAAAAUGACAGUGUCAGUGGUAGUAGUGACAGUCCGGACAGUGGCAGCAGCAGUGAUACCGACAGCGAUUCAAGUGAUGCAGACGCCGGAGAACACGGGCGUAUCGUCGAGUGGGAGUAUGAGCCUUUACCUCGUGGUGAACCUGGGCAAAAUGUUGGCGAUGCUGGAAGGGCCAACAACGCAAAUCGGCUUCAUGAAAAUGUCGAGGAUUGGUGUACAUGUGGAAGAUGUCGUGUGCCUCCAUCUUUCAAUGAAGGUGAUUGUGUCUGUUGUCAGGAAAUUGCUGAGGUCAAGGCAGAGGCUGAUCGACAGGGUUCAAGUUGUCUGGUGGAUUCUGAGGAGUUUGAGCCGGCCAUCCUAAAUGCGACAACAUUGUACAUCGGAUGGAUGGAGUACACAGAUAGGUGGCGCCGAGCAGCCAAAGCAUUUGGGGACAGGAACAAUGAAAAAUACAGGUAUGUGGCGUACAGGAAAGUCGUGAGAUGGUGUUGGGGCUGGCUCGGGAAGGACAUCAGGGUGCAACUGCCAGCAUGUGUCCAUGCCUCAAUAAUGGAAGCGUAUCCUGAUGGACGUGGUCAGUACAAAGGGACCAUCCUGCGUCGGUUGAGAUGAGGAUGUAACAUCAACUAUUGUCUUGCGAACUUUGAAUGACUGUCAUCUUCUAUGUGAUUGUCAGCCAUCUUCUGUACGUUAUUUGUGAUCAUCGGCUUUCAUCUUCAUAUUCAUCACAAAUACUAUUGUUUGAACUUCUCAUGAUGGUAUGGUUGCUAUGAACUUUGAUCUCGACAUUUGAUUCUAAUUUCCAAGAGCUGAUAUUCGAACUUUUGCAAAACUGUGAUCAAGCAACGAUUUCUUAUGAGGAAGAAUGUUGAAAUCUAUAUAAACAAGCAACAAAAAAAAACAAAAAAA